UCUCUCGCUCCUCAAUACAUUAGUAUGUACUUCAACUUGAUCACUGAUGAUGCCUCGUGUUAUCUUCUUCAUCCUCGGCUCUUCCUCCAGUGCUCAGGUAGAGUAGGACGUAGAUGCGCCGCUGGAUUGUUCACAGCAAAUAUGCGCCGUUCGAUCUGUCACUUGACUAUCUAUCACGGGAAGGCCCAGUUUCGGCCCAGUGAGUUACUUGUGUUUGUGGACUAAACUGCAGGUCCAUUUGAGGCCCAACUAGCUAGUCUAAACCCUCCAACUCUCUCGUCUCUCCCCUGCACCAUCGAACAAGAGAGACAAACCCCUUCCUUCCGCCAAUGGCCGCCGCCGCCGCCCUUCGCCGGAGCCUCGCUGCUGGCCCCGCCCCGGCCCUCCUCCUCCGCCGCCAACUCCUCAUGCGCUUCCUCUCCACCCAGACACAGUCACAGACGCAAACCCCCGCCGACCUCGCCACCCUCAAGAACUCCAUUCGCAGCGCCGCCCACACCCCGGAAGCCCUCGCCGACCUCUUCAUCUCCGGCCUCUCCCACCCGGCCUUCCUCGCCGACCGCCCCAUCUUUACCCUCUCCGUCCACCGCCUCGCCUCUGCCGGCCGCCGCGACCUCGUCGCCUCCAUCCUCUCCUCCUCCCUCACCUCCCUCCCCGCGCCCCACCCCUCCGAGGGCUUCCUCAUCCGCCUCAUCUCCCUCUACUCCGCCGCCGGCAUGCCCGACCACUCCCUCUCCACCUUCCGCAUCGUCACCCCGCCCUCCGACCGCGCCCUCUCCGCUCUCCUCUCCGCCUACCACGACAACCGCCUCUACGACCGCGCCAUCCAAGCCUUCCGCACUCUCCCCGCCGAGCUCGGCAUCAAGCCCAGCGUCGUCUCUCACAACGUCCUUCUCAAGUCCUUUGUUGCCAGUGGCGACCUCGCCUCCGCCCGCGCCCUGUUCGAUGAAAUGCCUUCCAAGGCUGACGUCGAGCCAGACAUUGUCUCCUGCAACGAGAUCCUCAAGGGCUACCUCAACGCGGCCGAUUACGCCGCCUUUGAUCAAUUCCUCAAGGAUAACACCACUGCCGCGGGUGGCAAGAGGCGACUCAAGCCCAACGUGAGCACCUACAACCUCCGCAUGGCUUCGCUGUGCUCCAAAGGGAGGAGCUUUGAGGCUGCCGAGCUGCUGGAUGCUAUGGAGGCAAAGGGCGUCCCACCCAACCGUGGGAGCUUCAACACCGUCAUCCAGGGGCUCUGCAAGGAGGGGGAGGUGGGUGCUGCCGUCGCGAUAUUCAAGAGGAUGCCAGAGGUGCCGAGGCCGAACGGAAAGGGGGUGCUGCCCAACUCUGAGACCUACAUUAUGUUGCUUGAGGGGCUAGUCAACAAGGGUGUGUUUGCUCCUGCAUUGGAGGUGUUCAAGGAAUGCCUGCAGAACAAGUGGGCGCCGCCGUUCCAAGCUGUACAAGGACUGAUCAAAGGAUUGCUCAAGAGCAGGAAGGCCAAACAUGCCAAGGAGGUUGCCAUGGCGAUGAGGAAAGUUGUCAAGGGUGACGCCAAGGAGGAGUGGAAGAAGGUUGAGGCUGAAUUUUCGUUCGAGCCUACUGAUAAGAAAGCCUAACUGCUAGGAAUGAUGGAUGGCACAAUCAGAAUGUCAGUUAGACGAUUAUUUUACACUUCAAAUCCAUUGUCUGAUUGCAUGUCUUUUGUGCGCUUGUGGCCAACUCUAUCUAGCCUUUCGUUCCGUUUAGCGCAUAAGAUUAUUUUCCAUAUGAGGUAUUUGCAUUUCGAACAAAUACAGGUACUACUCUUUGGUGGUUUACCGUGUAGACCAUGUAACUUGAAUGAUCACAUAUGAUGCAACUCUUUCCAGUUCCUUAUCUUAAUUUAUCUCAAACUUGGUA